AACUCGAGCCUCAGAGACCAGACCCUCUUCCCUGAUCCAAAACCUUCGUGUGAUCUCUCCGUCCCGCUCUCUCACUCACUCUUCUAUUCAAUUCCUUCCUCCAUUUCUAGUUCUCUCCGUGCCCUAGAACCUCUACAGCCUCAGCUGCGCACCCAUUUAUCGGUAUAUAGGGUUUCUCUCUCAGCUUUCUCGCCCUUUCCUGGAGCUAGGGUUUUACUUUCGAGAUGGCGGAGACCUUCGAGGACGAGAUCGAGCAGACGGUGACGAUCGAGGAGUACAUUGAGGGAAUAGAGGCGGAGGAGCUGGAGGCGGAUUUGGUGCUGGGAGGCGACGAGGGGAAGGAGUGCACAUAUGAUAAUGGUUACAUGAAGAGGCAGGCGAUCUUCUCUUGUUUGACCUGUGUUCCAAGUGGAAACGCCGGGGUGUGCACUGCCUGUAUCCUCUCUUGCCAUGAUGGGCACGAGGUUGUGGAGCUAUGGACAAAGAGAAAGUUCAGAUGUGACUGUGGGAAUUCAAAAUUUGGGGAGUUUUCUUGCAAACUUUUCCCUAAUAAGCAACCUGAAAAUGUGGAUAAUGCUUACAAUCAGAAUUUUAAAGGUCGCUAUUGCGUAUGUAUGCGCCCUUAUCCAGAUCCAGAAACUCAGGAACAAGUUGAGAUGAUACAAUGCUGCAUAUGUGAAGACUGGUUUCAUGAGAAUCACCUUGGUCUUGUAUCCACAGAAGAGAUACCCAGAGAUGAGGAAGGAGAGCCUUUAUAUGAGGAUUUCAUCUGCCAAGACUGUUCACUCACUUGUUCAUUUCUUAAAUUGUAUCCUUCUUCAAUUUGGGCUAUAGAGAGUAAUAAGAAUGAACCAGUCUUAUCCGGUAAAGAAAAAGUUCUGGAGACUGGGGCCUCUGCUUUUACUGAUCUAGAAAACAUUGAUAAUUCCGACCGUGUUUCUGGAGACUAUAUGAAUAUUUCAAACAUGCAUUCCAAGUAUGAAGAGAUGUCAGAUAAUAAGGUUCAAUCACAAGAAGGCUCAUCCAAAAAUCAUAAACACCAGAUGAAUAUUUCAAACGUGCAUUCCAAGACCGAAGAGAUGUCAGAUAAUAAGCUUCAAACACCUGGAGAAACCUCAUUGGAAAAUUAUGGGUUGGGAGAGGUGAAAGCAUUCUGCAACAGUUUAACUUCAAAUGUUAAAUGCAUUAUUGGAUUGGAUUUAUCUCUUGCAGCAUUUGACAUGGAAAAAAAACCUAUGUUUCUGUCAAAGAAAUGGAGAGAUUUUCUUUGCAGGUGUUUUACUUGCACUAAUUUCUACAUUCAGAAAGGUCUUCAUUGCUUGAUUGACAAGGAGGACUCCAUUGAGGAAUAUGAGAAAAUGGCAAAGCAGAAGAGGGAGGAGAAAUUACAGCUAGAAGAAGGAGCUGAAAUGAACUUCCUUGAUAAGCUGAAUCACGUGCAAAAGAUUGAAAUUCUAAGGGGUAUCAAUGACUUAAAGAACGAGUUUCAUUCUUUUUUGGAAUCUGUUGACACAACUAAACCAAUCACAUCUGCAGAUGUCCAAGGGCUCUUUGAAAAUCUUGCCAAGAAGAGGCAAAGAUUGUCUUAAAGUUCCCCUCUUCAACGAACAAUUAUUAGGUCCUCCGACUGAACGUAGAGGAACGUCUGGUCGGCACUAAAAUCCCGCCAAAAAACUCGGUAUUUGCUCGGUAUUGCUAGGUAUUAUUUGGUAAUAACGAGGAAUACCGCUCUGUGAAGACCAAUACC